AGAGCGCGGUGAUCAUAAAAGAAAAAACGUGUCAUUGUUUCCGCAGCAACAGGAGAAAGACGCCGCGCAGACAAAGAUGGACAGCGUGCUGGACCCUUUCUCUGGACUCGACUCUUUCUCCUCCCCUCCUUAUUUCGACGAUGACGAGUUUUUCACAGACCAGUCCUCGAGAGACGGACACUUGGAAACUGAUGACUUUUUGGAUGACGACGUCGACUUCCUCACAAGUCAUUUUCAAGACUAUUAUAGCAAAGAUGGCGGCAGCAGAACAGCGCCUCACGACAGAGACUACGAUAUCGGCAACCUGUCCUUCUCCUCUUCGUCUUCUAUCUUCUCUUAUGGCUGCGCAGACAGCACGCCGGACCUGUCCCCUCGGAUGGGCCAUAACGGCGGCCCCUUGCUGAAGCGGAGGAGGCGGAUGAGGUCUGAGACGGAAAUGCAACAGCUGAGGCAGGCAGCCAACGUCAGGGAGCGGCGGAGGAUGCAGUCCAUCAACGAUGCGUUCGAGGGUCUCCGCUCCCACAUCCCCACUCUGCCCUACGAGAAAAGACUCUCCAAAGUGGACACUCUGCGACUCGCCAUUGGCUACAUCAACUUCCUGGCCGAGCUCGUGCAGUCGGACCUACCUAUUAGAAACUCCAGCAGCGAGAUGCACGCGCAGCCCAAGAAAGUCAUUAUCUGCCACAGAGGAACAAGGUCUCCCUCUCCAAGCGACCCCGACUACGGCCUGCCUCCGCUGGCCGGUCACUCUCUGUCUUGGUCGGAUGAAAAACAACUCCGGGAGCAGAACAUCAUCCGCACCGCCAAGGUCUGGACACCGGAGGACCCCCGAAAGUUGCACAAUAAAUCAGGCCUCACUGACAUCGAAAAUGAGCCUCCUUUCAGCCUGGUGGCCUGAACAGAAGCAGCAGAGGCCACCUGAGCUGGGAUCGCACAUUGUAAACGUGAAGACUAUAAAUGAACUCCGCUCUGUCUGGCACUGCGCGCCUGAAGGCGUGAACAGCAUGUGAGCUGACUGUACAGUUUUAGAUACUGUAUUCAGUGUGCUGUACGUAGUUUUAUCAUGUUGAUAAUUUAUUUUUGUAAUUCAAGCAACUGGCAAUCAUGUAUUUAUUUUGUUUCACAUGUGAUAAUAUAUGUUUUAAUUUAAAUGUA